GCGCCGCCAACGCUAGAUGUCACCUGGAGGCAGCGGUGGCGGAGGCUGCUGCUGUGGCUGGUGGGGGAGGGGGCGAGGGGAGGCUAUAAAAGUAACUCUCCGCGGCACGUGCACACUUCAGGGAAACUUCGGAGCCCGGCCGUGGCCGUGAAAGGCGCUGGGGCACCCUGCACCGCGCUGGGCACCUUCUGUCUGAGCCGGGCGGAUCCCCGAGGGCUGCAGGCGAGCCCCUUCCUUGUCCCCCCUCCCGCCCCAACGUGGCCUUGGGAUGUUGGGAUAGUGAGGCUGGGGCGAGGAGGAGCAGCAUGAGAGGCAAUGGGAGCGGGCUGAACGCCUCCCACCCGCCCGCGGAGCUCAGCCUGGACCGGCCCGCCUGGGUGGCUUCCACUUUGGCCGCCAUCCUCAUCUUCACCAUCGUGGUGGACGUCCUGGGCAACCUGCUGGUCAUCCUGUCCGUGUACAGGAAUAAGAAGCUGCGGAACGCUGAUUUCCCUGGAUGACUUUUGCAUACCCAGGGAGAAAAUGGGUAGCCCAAGAAAUGUUUGGAUCAUCGGAGAGAGAGAACAGCUGUAGAAGACCAAAUAAUAACACGCGAAAUAAGGGUCUGAAGAAAAUUGACUGACAUAUUGAUGGCAAUGAACAUUGGUAUUUCAGACUUGAGUUACUUCAGGUAGCAAAAAUGGAAAUAUAUUUGUUGUAAGCCUGGCCAUUGCAGACUUGGUAGUGGCGAUCUACCCAUACCCACUGGUCCUGACAUCUGUAUUUCAUAAUGGAUGGAAUCUGGGCUACCUCCAUUGCCAAAUUAGUGGUUUCCUGAUGGGCCUAAGUGUUAUUGGAUCAAUAUUCAACAUUACAGGCAUUGCUAUUAAUCGAUAUUGCUACAUCUGCCACAGCCUCAAGUAUGACAAGCUGUAUAGUGACAAGAAUGCUCUGUGCUACGUCAUUCUCAUCUGGAUCCUGACAUUUGUUGCUAUUGUUCCCAAUCUGUUUGUUGGAUCGCUACAAUAUGAUCCGCGGAUCUACUCGUGCACAUUUGCACAAUCCGUGAGCUCACCGUAUACAAUAGCAGUGGUGUUUUUCCAUUUCAUGCUUCCCAUAGCCAUAGUUACUUUCUGUUACUUGAGAAUAUGGAUCCUUGUUAUUCAGGUAAGGCGAAGGGUUAAACCUGACAACAAGCCCAGGCUGAAGCCACAUGACUUUAGGAAUUUUGUCACCAUGUUUGUGGUAUUUGUACUGUUUGCAAUCUGCUGGGCUCCUUUGAACUUCAUAGGCCUGGCUGUGGCUGUUGACCCAGACACAAUAAUCCCCAGGAUUCCAGAGUGGUUGUUUGUAUCCAGUUACUACAUGGCAUAUUUCAACAGCUGCCUUAAUGCUAUCAUAUAUGGACUCCUGAACCAGAAUUUCAGAAGAGAAUACAAGAGAAUUAUUGUCACAAUUUGUACAGCAAAAGUUUUCUUUCAGGAUAGUUCUAACGAUGCAGCAGAUAGGAUGAAAACCAAACCCUCACCACUGAUUACGAACAACAAUCAAGUGAAGGUAGACUCUGUGUGAAAAUGGGACCCUCACCAUUGCCGAUCUACAACAUUCAAACACUAGCUCUGUUUUAUUAGCCACACAGUUGAAGUGCUGUAGUGAAAUACUAGUCCUAUACGAAAGGUAUUUGGACAAUGUUCUGUGUACAGUAUUUGUGAGCCAAAGUAACACAGCCUUGACAUAAAGAGCCUCCUGUUGUACGACAUAUCUUUCAAAUAAUGACUCUCAUAUGCUUAAGGUAUUACAGGGUUACAGACAUUUUUUUAAAUUUUUGUUUAACAUAGAUAAUUGAAGAUGGAUUGGAACUGAACUGCCAUAUAACUAACUGUUUGAAAAAGCAUCAUCAACCCCCAGCUGGACUCCCUAAAUUGCAAGGCAGGUUAUGGUACUGAUCCUGACACCCUUAACAACUCCUGUUACAGGAAAAAUGGGAGCUAUUCAUUCCAGUGUGAGGGAACGUGAAAAGAUGAGGGAGAAUACUUGAAAUGCUUCACUAAGAAUCUCAGUCUAUAUACUUAAGUUCCUAUAGUAGUCAUAACUUUGUGGCAAGUAAGCCUCACCACUCCUUUCAGGUUAUUACACCGCCCUUUUUGAGUCCUCCUCUUUAAAACUGUUUUUAGGAGGAGAAAUAUGCAUGUCUGAUUAUCUCAAAAGCUACAUGGGCCUAUAGAACAACUAGGGGCAUGCUGGGGGUGGCAGGGAGCACACAUGGGCUCAUCAAGAGCUCAAAGCACACAGGGUGAUUUUGACGUAUGGGAACUUACAACUUCCCUAAUGUCCAGGAGAAAUACAAAUGGGAGAAGCCUGGAAGUCACCCAAAAGGAGAGAAUGGGGGAGAUAUCCUCUGGAGAUAGCAGAGAGACGUUCCUGUUGCUUCUCCAUGACCAUUCCAUAGUAUGUUUUAGGAAGUGCCAGACACUGGGCCUCUCCUCAGGAAGCCAAAUACACUUAAGAGGGGCAUCUGAGAGGAAUGGGAGUUUGUUUGGAGAAGGACAGGGCCUCUGUGGGUUCUGAACGCUUAGCUGAACUCUCAACCACAUGAAGCCUGGAGGAUUGAGAUAAUCAUAUCAAAUUCAUGUACUGCUUCCCAAAAUGAGCAUGUGGCCCUGUUUUAACCCCUGGAAGCCUCUAGAACCCUGGCUCCUUCUCAAAAUUGUCCAAAAAGGCUUUUUGAAAUGUUGGUAUCUAAACACCUCAUCCAUAGUUACCAGUGAUGAAAAUGGUAUAAAAGCCUAGAGAGAUUAACAGACCAGAAGAGAAAAGAGAAGGCACCGCUACCCUGUGGUACAGGGACAAAGGAACCAGGGGUAGCUGGUCCAAUACUGAGAACCAUCUAUGUGGCCUAGCCAUAGCUGUGUUCCAUGCAUGGGCAAGAGAUGAAGAGGGUGGGGAAGGGAGGAAGUGCAGCUAGGCAGGUCCUGGCCUUCUACAGUGAAUCUCGUUUGGUGAAAAAUUUUUAUUUUAUUUUAUUAAAACACAAAAAUAAGUUUCAGCUUUUUCAGUUAAUGGGCUGAGAUCCUUUCAAACACUAUGCAAGGACUGUUCUCUCCCUAACUCGUACUAUCAUUAAAAGGAAUGAUCCACUGAAUUAGAUCUAUAAAGAUUUCAGCUAUCAUAGCUUUCUAAUCAUUAGCCAUCCUCUCCUGGCAUAUAUUUACUUCCCACAAUCACUGAUGCUUGAGCUUUUCCAAGACAGUUCCAGCCAUCUCUACAGGACUAAGAGGUUUUAAUAGCUUAUCAGAAUGUUGUUGUUGUUAUAUGUUAAAAUAUACACUAUGUUGAAACUGGUUCAUGAAAAUAAUUACAUGAAACUCUAGAAAAAUAUUUGGUUUUCAACAGCUUAGAUGUCUUUGAAAACAUUAAAUACUCACUGUAUUCUAUAAUUCCUUAACUGUGGACAACCUUAAAAGCAUCUCAUAUCUUUUGGGCAUAUAUUAUUGUACAGUUGACUUAAUAUAAAUUAUGAGCUAAACAGAACAUAUUCAUACAUACUUGAAACCACACUGACAUUUUGGCAACUGAAUAAUUUCUUACCUUAAAAACAGGUGCCUCAUGUUGUCCUUCACUCACUUCAGGCUUAUAAUGAACUAACAGUGAUGAAACAUUUUCCAGAUGAACAAGCUGGUCAAUGCAUUAUCAAGGUGCUUGACUCAUCUUUGUUUACAUCGAAAUCUGUAAUGUAAAAACCGCUGUGUAAAUAACCAGUUCUCUUCUAUUGUAGUAUAUAAUAUGAUUAACAGUAUAAAGUAUAUCACAGCUUCCUUCAGUGAUUUCAUCCUUAGAGGAUGCUUAGCUGUGUAAUGACAUUGCUUAUAGUGUGUAGUUGUAUCACAAUGAGGGAGGCAAGACCACCCUACAUUAGUCACAUAAGAAAUUCACUAUUUAAAUUACUACAAAAAGUCUUGCCUUAUUUAAAACAAAUAUUUUCACUUAAAACAAUGUAAUAUUUUAUGAUAAAUCUGAUAAAGUAGCAUAAAGAUAGUUUCAGUAGCCUGACCAUCAGUGAAUUUAGUAUUGUCAAAGGUUUCUUCACUUGCCUGUUUCAAACUGGAAGCUUACAUGUUUAUCAUUUCUACACACAUAUAAGCCUUGAAACAGCCAUUAGUGUGGGUUAUCUGAGGAAUUAAAAUCCCUUUUAAGUCUCAAGUGCUAAAAUAUAUUUUUUGAUUAUAAUAAAAAAAACUCAUUUGCUAGACACAAUAAAUCGUAUAUUAUAUGAAAGGUCUAUAUUUUGGUGAGCAGGUCUGUAAUUAAAAUUGAGAACAUUUUUGAGAUCUGGUAUUUUGAAAUAUUUGUAUUAAUUCUAAAACUACAGAAAUUGUUUAUGUUGGUGAUGAUAUGAGCUGCUAACUAUAGCAAUAAUUUUUAAAAGAUUAAUCUCUUGCUCUUUUUGGGGUAUUGUUGGUUGUAGCUAUUUGUUUGCCCCCAAAUUAAUGUCCAGCUGGCUGGAAGUUUUAGGAAAUUAUUUGCUGACCUCUUCAAAUUUUUCUGCUUAUUUUUUGACCAUUCUAUAGUAUGUUUUUAGGAAUGGUUUGCGAAGUCACUCCCAACCAGCAGCACAUCCAAAUGCAAACUGAUUGCAAAUUAAAACACCAGUACCAAUAUUUAGUUCCCUAGGAUGAUUUAUGUCCUGAUCCUGUGAGGGGCUUGCAAGAUGCUGAAUUGCUGGAAGUUGCUCAGCACCUCACAGAAUUGGGCCAUCUAUAAUCAACAGAUAAUAUCUACAGCACAUUGGAUGCUUCUUUCUCAGUAAAAAUAGAACUAAGCUCUGGCAGUUGUGGGUUUACCCAAACAGUCUUGCAAUUGAACUGUACAAAUGGAUGAGCCCUAAGAUAUAAGUAAAGAUAUUUUUACCUUCAAAGUGAUGAAAUUCACCCCGUGUAGAAAACCAGCAUAGGGCUGCUACACCACUUAAUCCAAUUACUCUGUAUUUUGGAGGCUUAAGUGGUGCAUAGGCCCCCUGAAUAUGGGUGAUUUAAGGCCUUUAAGGCCCCAUUGCUGUAACGUGUUACACAUGGAUAGACCUCUGCUUUUGAGCUGAGCCUCAGUGAAGCCAAUGGACCCCCAGGCAUGAGCAGGGAUAUACCCAUGUGCAACACAUUGUAGGAUCAAUGGUUAAAUGAGUCUCAAUUUGCCCUAUGAAAAUUCUUUUUUAUGUAUGAUCCCGGCUGUGCUAACAAUCAAUCUGUCACUGUGUGUCAUCAUAUCCUGAAUAACACUAUUGCAGUGUUUGGUAUAGUCAUUUUAUUGGUGAUGAUUUUCAUUGAAAGCUUUAUAUAACACAAAAGUAUAGCACUGUUUUCUUAUAACUAGCACAGAAAUUAUUAACACAUUAAUAUAAGUUAGUGUUUAUUAUAUAUAAACAGUGAUUAUUUGCAGCUAUGUACAUUAAUUUUGAAUAAUUUAUUUAUAAUGCUCGUCACAUUAUUUCUUUCUCUCCACUCUGCUACUAGUGGAACAACACGGAAAAACAGCAAAUGUGUUAUUUUAUAUGGACAUCUGAGCAACAACAAAGCUGGUAUUUGGCUUGUCUUUACCUUAUGUUUCAGAAGAUUAUCUUUCAAUAAUCCACAAUAAUCAAUUCUACUGUAAUCAGUCUCUAUAGUAACAAAUAACCCAUCCUGCUACGACUAGUCUAUACUGCACCUUUGAAUUGCUUUUUGAAUUACUUUUGCAAUGUUGUCGUUGAUUAGCUUCAAAAAGAAUUAUGCCACAAAGGAAUUCAUUGGUCCAUUGAAACUGCACAGCAAACAACAUAAAUACAAUAAGCACACACAGUGUCAAUGUAAAAGGCCUAGAACCCUAGCAUUCAAAGUAGCUUGUUUCUAAACCAGUAGUAAUGUAAAACAACAGAUAUUCUCUAAUCCCUUUCCAAUAUGUGCACUUUCUGUUUAUAAUUAAUAAUUCCUAGCACUUUAAAAGAAUUAAGAUUUGCUACUGUCUGCCAUUUGCUGACUGAGGCUUUAGACUGGAUAUGUGCCGCUAAUAUAAACUUGCUUGCCAAUUCAGAACCUGUAGAAAAACACAGUAGUCGUGGCUUCAUACGCCAUGUUCUGUAGCUCAAAUUUUUGCCUAAUUUAAAUGAGAGCCACAUUAUGUGAUUCAGUUUUUUUCCAAUUAGAAGAAGAAAAAAAAACCUACCUCAAUAUCUUGUAUGUUUCUGGGAAGUUCUAAUUACAUAACAAAGAGUGGAACUUGCCCACAGUAUACACCUCUUAGAUUUAUUCUAGAAGAAAGAAAGGAAAGGUGAAAGGAAGAGGUGCAUAGGUUAAAACUAAUCUGGGAUUACUUUAAUAUACAUUGGCCACCCAAAACAGCCAUAUUACUGAAUACUGACCAUAAUAUUUAUGAUACAUUAUGUAUAAUAUGCCUAUAAACAAAUUAUUCCACGACAUUAAACAAUAUUAAAGAGAAAAGACUAGCUCCUCAGCUAAUGUAAAUCAGCAUAGCCCCACUGAUUUAUAGCAGCUGAGGAUCUGGCAGUAUUUACUUUCAUACCUAUCAUCCCAUUACACUAGCUACGUUUCUCUCUUAAUUUUAAAGAGUCCAUCACUGUCAGCUAUCCAAGUCUAUACCAAGGUUGUGGAGGAAUGUGAAAUUGCCUGCCAAAUCUCUGCAAAAUAAACCUCAUCCAAUGGAGUUGUCUAUGUGAUUUAUUUUUUAAAUAAAGUAAAUAUAUUAACUCAAUGGCUUGAUUAAACUUCUGUUAUCUAGCCAUGCUUCAAUGUUGCUAUAUUGGUGAAAUCCUACAAGCUUCUGGCAGAUAUCCAGAAAUUAUCACCUAUAUGUAACUCUAGGAUGUAUGGAAAUAGACAUUCCACAGACACUUCCCCUUAGUGAUGUCCCUAUAUGGGUGCUCAAGGAUUGCAUUUAAUUACAAACAUGUAAAUGGGUCCUGAUCCUGAGAACUCUUUCUCAGACAAAUAUUCUCAUGAAAAUGGAGUAAGCUCAUUGACUUCAGCAAGCACUACUUGUUUAAAUGCUCCAGGAUCAAGCCCUGGAAUAGUAACCUAAAUUACUGCUAAGAAGCCAUAAAUUAGAAAGUGUGACAGAACACUGAAUGCCCGAUGAAACAUUGGAGAAUUUGUUCAAGGAUGGACAAGAAUCACAUCAAAAUGUUGUUAUAGUGCAACUGCUAAUGGUACGCUUGAUUUCCCCCCCACCCCCCAUCAAAUUGUUACAUGGCUACACAACUACACUUCUGUGCAAUCCUUAGUGAUGCAUUGUCUGGGUCACACCCUCACAAUACACAGAGAAAGUAUAACUAGUGGUUAUUUUGAGGAAAGAAUCAAAAUAUUUUAAAUUACAUAGAACUACCCAGCCUAUACAUUGAAAAGAUUUCUUCAAGCCAUGCUAAAAGGUAUGUUCCGCCGGUUUAUAUAUGGCAAAUAUUCCAACUAUACUAUCCUCAGGGGGACAUUUGCAUCCAUGGUCAGGCGAUACAUUGAAAUAUGCAUGUUUAAAUCCAAAAAAACAGUGUACAGCCCUUGGAACAGAAGGAUGAUGUAUAUGCUCAACCUGAGCAUUUGCCCCAACCCAGUAUGUAGCUCAUGCCAUAUUCCAGGAUAAUUCUUUCCCUCUCCCUUCAGAAUUAACCCUUCUCUGAUUUCAUAUUCCAAACUAUGGCCCUUUAUCCCCCAUAUCUGAGCAGGCUGCCAGCCUGACUCUCCCCACCCACCUGUUUGCAGCAGCCAAUCCACUCUUUAACGAGCAGUGCUCUCGGCUGUGUGCCAGAAUACCCCAUCCCAAUGUAACCACCAAUCCUUUAUUUUAAGGGAUGUCAGAUGGUCCUCCACCCAUACCUAAAAAGGCUAAGCAUUUUAUCAGAUACAAAUAUAUAUAGUUUAAGCAAUAAUCAUGCAAAGGGUUCUACACUGUGAUGUCAAUGUAUAUUUUUGUACCAUGAAUAAACCACCAUGAGGUGAUGUUCCUUAAAAAGAAGUGUCCUGUAUUUUUCAUACAGUUUGCUUUUAUUUCCAAGAAAUGCAGAUUGUUACCCUGCUGCGCACCUCCCCCCUUGUUCUGCAGUCACAUGACACCCUCCCUGGCUGCUUCCUGGACUGAGGGAGGAAACAGGGCUAACGAGCAGGAGGAAACAAACUCUCACUGAGAACUUGUCUACAUGGAAAGUUAUUGCCUAGCAUGCACUGAAACAGAAGUAUUGAAAGCGCACUAUGGAAUGUUUAGCAAACAGUAGCAAGGUCCACACAGCCAGUUAAUGUGCAGCAAGCUAGUGCACUGUAGAUUCACAGCCUUGGCUUGCCACGUACAAACUCUCUGUGUAGACAAGCCAUGAGAAAGCAAGCUGGGAGGUGGUGUUUGGUUCCCAAUAGGGAGAAGACUCACAUCAGAUAGACAACACAACUCAGCCUACUUUCCCAGGGGCCUUCCCUCCUCCCUAGCACAGCUACCUUAAUGGCCUCACUAAUACUGGUUCCAACCAAUGGUCCAUCCAGUCAGUAUCUUCUCUCUGACAUUAGUCACUACAGUCUGAAGAAAAUGAACAACCUCUUUAAUGACCAACUUCACAAUAAAGUAGCUAGGGAAGGAAUUUCCAUGCAGGGAGUAAUUUGCUUACUCUCCUGAAAUAUGUAGGUUAUAAAUGGUCGCCCUGCCCAGUUAGUAUAAAAAAAUGUAGUUAUUACAAUUAUUUUUCAUAUAAAUGUCUACCUGCAAACUGACCAAUUUCCUAUGGCUGAGUGUUUGGAACUUCCUCACCAUACACUGAAAUGGGCAGUUUAAUGAACUUGAUGGUCCUAGUUCUGUUUUCAA